AUGGAUUUUCACUGUCAGUUCUGUCUGUCUCAUGCUGUGUGACCAGUCAUCUCUGCUGCAUUAGACUUGGUUAGAAGUGUCAGAAUUUUAAAGUGCCAGUGUAGCUUCCCAAAAAACAUGAAGUUAUUUCUUGCUUUUACAGUCUGUCUGCAGCUGUUUACAUCUUGGACUACAGCUUUAGACAAUUAUGUUGCAGUACCAUGCAAUGGUCAGGGAGUGCUAGCUUUGGCGGAACUGACAGUUGAUCACAUCAAUAAACAACGGACACACGGAUACAAGUUUAGCCUGGACAGAAUAGAAAACGUACAGGAACUGAAGGAGGCAAAUGGGACCAGCACCUAUUUUUUGGACAUUGAUCUUCGAGAGACAAAGUGCUAUGUGCUGAACCCAAAGGCACUCAAUGAUUGUGAAAUUCGAUCGUUCAAGGAAACUAAAGUAGAAGGGGAUUGUAAGGUGCUCAUCGAGACCAAACCUGGAGUUCCUGGUCAUGUGAAAGGCUACAAGUGUGAAAUAUCUCCAGAUUCAGCGCAUGAUGUUACUGAAAAAUGUCCUGACUGUGCACAUCUAAUACUUAUAAAUAGCACUGCAGCUCAACAUGCUGCGGAGGUUUCACUUAAUAAAUUCAAUCAAGAGAGCAACAAUCAACACAAAUUUGUCCUUCAUGAAAUAACACGAGCUUCUUCAAAGGGACUGGGGACUCCAGUGUUGGUGGAAUAUGUCAUUCGGGAGACACCCUGUCGGAAGGACAGUGAGAUAUGUCCACUGAUUGCCAUUGUAAAUCCUACUUAUGGAUUCUGUGUAUCAACUGUCACUCCUGCCAAUUCCACUCAAGAGACAAUUGUCGAAACCUGUGAGCUCUUCCACACAAAGGCAACAGAGGCUGUUGCUACUGUAGCAGAACCAGAAGGGAAAGGUGAUGCUGCACCCGUGGUAAAAAAGGAAGGAGGCAGCGAGGCUCCUGGUACUGGUACUGAUGCUGAUGACGGAGUAGAACAUGUUUCUCCAGUUCCAAAUAAUGCAACUGCUUCUAUAGUAGUAGAAAAAUCUGACAGUAUUCCUAAGCGGAAACGAUCUAUUCAAGACUCUUCAGAAUCCUCUGAAGAAGUGCUUUCGAGCACUGGGGCACAAAUUAUUCACUUCCCUGACCUACCUGAAGAUCCAACAACAUGUCCAACAAAACACAAGUACCCUGAGGAUCAGUGAACAGAUUUGAUACCCUCUGUCCAUUCCAUUCUUCGCAACAUUGUGCAAUAUUUUCUAGAUAGUUAAUUAAAUCAAAAGCAGAAAAAUGUAACACAAGAUUUACUGUAUACCUUAUGGAGAAAUUUACAAUAAUAAAAUCUUAAUGUAAAAUGUACAUCGGGAAGCACAAUUGAAUUAAGUGUCCUAAUGUAGCAGCAUCAUUUCGAAGACAUCUAACCACUGUGGUUUUGUAAAUCCUUUUCUGUUGUCUGAUUUUGCUAUAUUUUAUGUGCAAUUAAAUGUGUUUAGAAUUGGCAAACCAA